AUCCCAUAGCUACUCGUCAUCGAAACUUCAGCCUGCAACAAGAUGUUGGCGAUCGUACUUGGAGUAUUCGCUCUUCUGCAGCUAUCCACCCAGCAGGAGCUGCCGGGUUUACUUCUGAAAGGAAACCAAUCAGCAGGAAAACGUAUCGCCGUAUCCGACAGUCCCCAAAGCUGUGAUGGAUCUCAGAUUUUCUCAAACUGUGGCAGCUGCGAUGCCGUCAAUGUAUGUUUAGGCGACACGAUGGAUUGGCGCUACUGUCCGUACAUUAAUCCAGAAAAACCGUUCUGUAACAACGGAGAAUGCUCGGCUACUCCGAGCUAUGGUGAAGAUUGUCCUCGUAGCCUUUAUUGCAAUGGCGAAGGGUAUUAUCCAGAUGCCAAGGCUUGCGACAUUUAUCAUUUCUGUGAGAGUAAGUACCAGAUGUCGUUGGUGUACAAGUGCCCGAACAACUACGUUUUCAAUCCGGAAACAAACUUCUGCAAGCGAAAACAAAAGGAGGAAGACUGCAUGAAGGUGACAUGCAAUGUCGACGAAAUAUUCUCCCGCUACGGAACCAGCAAGCGCUUCUUUGGAUAUUGUAGAUUCUACAAUAUGGGACCGUAUUCCUACGAAGUCGAAAUCCACAAGUGCCCUGAAGGAACGUUAUUCAACGGAAAGACAUGCUCCUUCGAGUGCCCUGCCGAGGGACGGUUCCCGAAUGUUGCUGACACCAGAGGCUACUAUGAAUGUUACUUUUCUGCAAACGAUACAUUGAGUGCCGUCUACCAGCAAUGUCCAUCGGGAAAGGUUUAUGAGGAGAAACGGGGUUCAUGUGUUCAGGAUGUGCAAACAACAGUGACUACCCCAAUUGGUCUUAGCCCAACUCCUGGAUAUACAACAGCUUGAACAUGUUUUAUGUCUGUGUGGGGAUUAAAAGAGCUGAAAUACAGAAAUAUUUCCUCCGAGGAAUACCGAUUAAUAAAACGAAAUAUGUAUGUGUA